UGUGUGUUUUUAUGUUUUUACUUGAGCUUUAGUUUCAGCUUCUGCCGGUGGCUUCGUCGGGCGGUAAAUGAAGUUAACUUGGCCUUGUCGCACGCCAGUCUGCUUCUGACAUUCGCGCGUUGCGCUCGAUCGCCGCUUUUAUCUUCUGUGAUAUUACGUUUUUAUUGGCCAAAAAGGGCAAGAGUGCCGAAAAGCGAACCAAAGCCGCUUAGGUUCAAAAAUAAAAUUAAAUUCGAUUUUAGUGGAGCGAACUUGAGCUGGGAAUUACGAGUCGCAAUGAAAACGAUAAAUCACACACUCCUGUUAGUCCUGGCGGCAGCUUGCCUCACCAGCAUAACCUGGGCAGCUCCAGCUCUGCACUUCAGUAAUCCGGAGCCAGACGAACUAGAUGCCUAUCCCACAUCGCCCACUCAGGUGCUGCCCAUUCAACCUGUGCUGAUUUAUCCCAAGCCCCGCGAGAAUCUCUAUCAAGCGAGAACUCUAGGGCGAAAUGACGAGCAGGAUAUCAUCUUCGUGAAAUUAUUGGACGACAAGUCCAGUGGCUAUCGGCCCAAGCAGCAGCGCUUGGUUCUGGAAGACGUGAAAACCUCCCAACGGAAGAAUCUCGGCAUGAAGGACAUCUUCUACGUGAAAGCCCUUACCAACGGACGUUUUAGCCACGAACGACUGAAAGUGUAUCGAGUGCCUGAGUUCUACGCCAUCAGUGUUUUUAGCAACGGCGACAAAUGAGGGAAGACAACGUGUUAACGAUAAAAAGGAGUAAUAUAAGUUAUUUUUAAGACGCUAUAAAUAAAUACCUCAGGAGUGCCGAAGUGCAGUGUGUUUUUUUUUUUCGCCCGAACUCUUAUCGCGGCGCCACUUUGCGUCCGCGGAUUUACACGCAAUUUCAAUUACUCAUAAGCCGGGCUCAGGCGCGCUGACUGAUGGGUGUCAGCAUCGUCUUGGCCAACAGCGCCAACAUUGGUAUCAACAUUGGCAGCGACAUGAACUCUGUGGGUUCCGCUUCUCGUUCCCGCGCAGCCACGUCAAGUGGCAAUUAAUAACUGUCAGUCGAUUGGCGGCUGUGGCUCCAGCUCUACAAGCUCCACCACCUUCUCCGCCUCACAAAUCCCCACAUCCGACAACAAAGAACUAAUCCCUUUGUCACUGGGCGUCACAGACCGCGGGCCAAAGCAUUACGUCAAAAUCGAAGAAGGCAACAAAAGCGCCACAAAAAACAUAAAAGAAAAUGGAAAGGCUUUCUAUGGAAAACCGAAUUCUGGAUACGCUUGAGGGUAGAGAAUGUUGGAUAUAAUGGUCUUUGUUAGGGGAUUAAAAGAAUUGGACCAGAUCAACAAU